AUGUAUACCAUCGUAACGUCGACAUCUAAUUCCAUUCCUUUUACUAAUUUGGUUCUGAAGAAGAAGAAGUGCAAUAGCAGCAGAAGCCAAACAAUCUCCCCCUUCAGCAGGAUAGCUGCUCGCAGGUCCUCUCUGCCCCCGUUUGACGUCUUCAUAUGCCACCGUGGGGUGGAUACGAAGCGCAACUUCUGUGGCUUGCUUUACCAAGAUUUGGUAGAACAAAAAGUCAUUCCCUUCUUGGACUGCAAGAGCAUGAAGCCAGGCGAAGAGCUCAAUGAAGCCAUUGAAACUGCUUUACGGGACUGUAAGGUUGGAGUGACCAUCUUCUCUCCCAAUUUUUGCAAUUCUGAAAACAGUCUCCAUGAAUUGGCUUCCAUGAUGGAAUACCAGAAGAUGGUUAUUCCCAUAUUCUAUGAUGUCAACACCUCUGAUCUUGUGCUUGCGAACGAUGGAAGUUUUCCGACCAAGCAGCUCCAUAGGUUUGGAUGGGCGCUUGAGAUGGCCAAGCGCAGGGUGGGCAUCUCGUUUGAUUCGUGCAAAGGGGAUUGGUCCGAUCUGCUGAAAAAAGUUUCGAACAGGGUGGUGGAAAUCUUGAAGGAGUUGGAGGAUGAAGAGAAAAAUUCAGCAGCUAUAUGA